GUCGGUUGCCACAUCACUCUUGGCGCCAAAACCCUAAGAUAUAGCCGCGCUGCAUCUCUGCUUCUUCUUCUCCCCAACAAAUCUUCCGUCAAUUCCAAUCUUCCGUCCGGUCUGAUGAAAAUGGACGCCACCGAAUCGCUGCUUCAGUCCUUCCGAUCGAAGAAGGUGCUGCGUUCGAGUUCGAAGUCGGAUCCGUCGCCGGCGAUUGAAGUUCCGGCUGGGGAUCCGUGGAGUUCUAAGACCCCUGAGAAGCCCGUCAAUGCUUCUCGCCGGAUCCAGAACCGCAACGCCGCCUUCUCUCUGAGUCAGGUCAGAAAGGCAGCUCAUAAUCUCCUCAAAUCAGAUCCGGAACCAUCUGCUCAAGGCGAUCCAAUUUUGAGGUCGGACGGAGAUGGGGUCGAUUGCCGUCCUCAAUCUUCCGCUGUAAAGACUAAGAAGCCUAACCGUUCAGCAAAGCUUCCAGAAAAGUAUGAGAUGUUGGCCAAGUUUUUCAAGGGCCUGGAUAGUUCUAUUAGGCUACUACAGCUUAAAGCUUCAUUGUUAUCAUUUAAGAAUAUUAAACCUGCAGUGGAGACAUUGACUGAUAGGACGUUUACUCACAGUCACGUAGCACAGAUGAAGUUCAUUUUACCGGAGGCCAUUGAGUUAACGAAGGUCCUUCUGCAAGAUGAAUCUACACUUUGUAUGAAAUCUGAUCUUGUUAUUACUCUAAACCCUAAUGCAGUUGUGGGCGAAGGAAAGGUGAAAUCAGGCAAUGCUAAUCUAGAGUUGUCUAAUAUAUUCCGAAAGCGCCUUUUGGAUUAUCUAGAAGCCCAUCCAGAGGAAGAUGACAUUCCAGAGGGUGAAUUGCCAGAACCAUUCAAUAAGUCAAAGCAUGACACUCUGAGUAAGGCACCAAGGAUUGUAGAUGCACCCAAUGAUGCUGUUUCUGAACAGAAGCACAGCGUGUGCUCCAGUCUGUCAAAGCCACCAGCUUCUGCCUCACAUCUUUCUCAAUCUUUUAGGCCGCGCUUUUCUCGACGCAACACCCUUUCCAUGAAAGAGGAAACUAAGUCAGACCAAACUGUUUCUGAGAGGAAACCUUAUGAGACUCCUAACUCUCAUCAAUCAGAAUGUGUCGCAAAACCAAAAAGUACCAGCUGCUCAUCCCAUUUAGAAACUCCCAUAAAGGACGCUCGUCCCUCCAAAGUUGAAAAGGUAACACCAGCUAAACUUGUAUCCACACCAGCAAAAGUGAUGACUUCCACUCCUGCUCUUGCUCCUCCUCCUAAGAGAUGCUAUAUGAGUCCUGAGGAUGAUUCAGCUAAGUCCCCAAACAAACUGGCUAGGCGCUCUUCCAGGGGAAAACUGGUCUUUGACACGCCAGUAAAGGAUGCCAGCAGUGCCGAUCAAGUCAGUGAGAUUGGAACAUGUUCUUUGGAUUACCAAGAUUUAUUGGAUGUUCUUCCUGAGAAUCUUUUGCAAUCGAUCAGAGAAAAAGAAAGGAAGGCAACAAUAGAAAGAAGUCCUGCAAUCUCACAAGCAAAGUGGAGGAAACAAAUGAUUGCAAGCCUACCAAAAAUGUUUGAUACAAUUUACUGUCUAUUUCAUUCCAUCCAGCGUUCGGUCAUCACAAAGAAGGAGCUUAUGCACAAAGUACUCGCGAACCAAAUUGACAUUGCCGAUGCCAGAGAAGCUGAAGAGCAGCUCAGAUUACUGCUUGAAUUUGCACCAGAAUGGAUAUAUGAAAAGAUGGCAUCAAGUGGAGAUCUCCUUGUUUGUGUAAACAAGAUGCAAUGCCCCAGCUCAAUCCGGGCCAGACUGCUAGAUGCAAAGUGAGGAUGGAAGGCUACUCUUUUUUGGGUGUGUAAAUAAUGGAGUAUAAUUUUAAUCUUGGAAUCAAACUUCUUAGGACAUAGUGGUGCUUCUCCUAGAUGAAGAGGAGGUGGAGCCACUCGCCGCCGCUAGUCAUCCCACCCUCUGCAUCUCAGGCUGUUCUUCAAAGCCUUGGACUAAGAGCAUCGAGAUUUGGGAGGAGGCCGAGAGAGAUGAAGCUUGUUCAAUGCAGGUUGCUCGUGGUAGUUAUUUCUCUAGUUUAAAACUUUAAUAACUAUGGUGUAAAUUUUUUGUAGCUUCUACUUUCUCUCAGAUGUUUUUUUAUUUAUCCGAAUUCGAGGGGAAGCAUUAUAUUGGUUUCGUAAGAAAGGAACAAUAUGUAC